CAUCACGCCCACCAAAUUUGGCCUGAGACGACCUUCGCAUUUUAUCGACCCCCAAUUUUUCCACGCCUUGCGAAAUCGACGACCACUCAGCCCACGCUUGCAUCUGGUGAACAGCUAAAUCAUCAGGAACAGCAAUCAUGGGUAUCUCACGAGACUCUCGCCACAAGCGCUCUGCCACCGGUGCAAAGCGCGCUCACUACCGCCAGAAGCGUGCUUGGGAGGCUGGUCGCCAGCCCGCCAGCACCAAGAUCGGUGCCAAGCGCAUUCACACCGUCCGUGUCCGUGGCGGCAACACCAAGUACCGUGCCCUUCGUCUCGACUCGGGCAACUUCUCGUGGGGCUCCGAGGGCGUCACCCGCAAGACCCGUGUCAUUGCCGUCGCCUACCAUCCCUCAAACAACGAGCUUGUCCGCACCAACACCCUCACCAAGUCCGCCGUUAUCCAGAUCGACGCUGCGCCAUUCCGUCAAUGGUACGAGGCCCACUACGGCCAAUCGCUUGGCCGCAGACGGCAGGCUAAGCAGGCCAAGGAGGGCGAGGAGGUGAAGAAGAGCAAGAGCGUGGAGAAGAAGCAGGCCGAGCGCUUUGCCGCCCGCGGCAAGGUCGACUCUGCUCUGGAGAAGCAGUUCGAGGCCGGUCGUGUAUUUGCUGUUGUCUCGUCGAGGCCUGGCCAGUCCGGCCGGUGCGACGGUUACAUCCUGGAGGGUGAGGAAUUGGCUUUCUACCAGAGGAAGCUCCACAAGUAAAGGAAAAUGAUGGCGGAUUUUAUGGCUGGGAAAUGAACAAUGGUUUUUACUGCUUUGGUCUCUGGUGGGUGUUCAGGUAUUGCUUGAUGUGCCCUAGGUGGGAUUUUUUCUCAGUGUUACGGGAGGGACGAGGCGUCGACUUCGUUUACCCAUUACUGCCCACCUAAUGGCCGCUUCCUCAUUGCAUUGCAAACGGGAGGAUUUUAUGGUCGGUCAACAAAAUCCAACAGUGAUUCUUCGCGUUAUCCCUAUUUGCAUGUUAUCUCAAAGUGAUUACAACUUUGACUCGUUA